GCGUUAGGAACAAGUCUCACUAGUCGGAUUUGCAGCCAGUGAGAGAGACACAUCGAGAGAAUCCAAGCAGGACAGACGAGAAAUGAACUAUCUAAUGACUUGCCACAUCCGAGCACAUUCUCAAAUACCCUGCAACCGAGACCCAUGAAUAAGGAUUGCAAUAUUUUUUUCCACCCUGGAAAAUCUGGCAAUAAUUUUGUCAGUCUCGGCACAUUUGCAAAUUUGUGUCCAUUUGAUAUGCUUGUUUUUAAUUUGCAUUAAUUAGUUUCGUUUUGCUGUUGUUUUUUUUUUGCGUUAAUUAUCCGGAUUGUUUGCAUGCGGAAUUAUUGGAAUCUCAGAGGCAAGCAGGAAAUCCAAUUGGAGAACUAGAGGAGAGAAAGAGAAGCAGCGAGAUCUGUCCAGCAUCAACAUGUUCUUCUGAAGAGGCGAGGAAAAGCUCAUUCCAAACCAUCAACCAUCUACCAUCAUCACAUUCCUGUCCUAUUUCGUUGGAAAACCAGUAUGAAGUGGGAGUGAAAGGGGAAUGGGAAAGAUAGGUCCAGUCUAAAAGCCGCGGAAAAACAAUAAGCAUCACGAAAUACUGGAAAAGUAAACUCUUGCGAGGGAAAUUGCAACAAAACGGCUGUGGGAAUUGAGUUUUGUCCACGAGCUACUUUUCCCUAAAGACGUUUUAUUGUGGAAUUCUCUCUUUAUAAAUCCACACAGACUGCACCUUUGUUUAAUCUGUCCUCCCGUGUGUGUGUUUUAGUAGAUAUCCAUGCAGGCUCCCAAAACACGUUGUUCCUGAUCACACUGACGGAUUCACCUGAAGCACAAACGCUUUGUUCCGAGUCCAGAGAUCUCCAGCCUCUGGGAGAGUAUCCCGCACAGCUUUGAUGGGAGUAAAUAGACGGAAUUCGGGAUUUCAAAUGGCGAGUCGGGGCUGUGAAAAUGGAUUGGGAAUUCUCCUGAUAUUCUUAGUGGAUUUACUCGGGAUCACGGCGACCAACAUGGAGCCCAUCUACUGGAAUUCCUUGAACAAAAGGUUUAGCGAUGAUAAGGGUUAUGUCCUGUACCCUCAAAUCGGGGAUCGCCUGGACCUCAUUUGCCCAGCGUCUGAGCCGCCCGGUCCCCGCGCCCCCGCCGAAUACGAGUUCUAUAAACUGUACCUGGUAUCAUCACGGGAACAGGCAGACAGGUGUGAAGUGACCGGAUCACCCAACCUGCUUCUCACCUGCGAUAAGCCCAACAGUGAUAUGCGUUUCACCAUCAAGUUUCAGGAGUACUCGCCUAACCUGUGGGGUCACGAAUUUAAAACCAAUCAGGACUACUUCAUCAUCGCUACAUCAGAUGGGACGCGUCAGGGGCUGGAGAGCAUGAGAGGAGGAGUUUGCGCUACACAGGGCAUGAAGGUGGUGCUGAAAGUGGGACAGAGUCCAUAUGGUCUGCCGGCCAAAUCUCCCAAACCUGACCCCGCGGACCGUAUCAACAGCCUGAAUCCAGGUGCUGGAAACAACACACAUCCCAGAAUUCCCCCUAGAGGUCCUGGUGGAGAAAACGGCCCCCUUCCUCCCUCCAACAUCGCUGUUAUCGCAGGUGCAGCCGGCGGUUCGGCUUUCCUACUGCUCGUAACUGCCGUGAUCUGCGUGGUGUGCUACCGACGACGACACGCCAAGCAUUCCGAAUCGCACCACCCUCCCCUCUCCCUCUCCUCCCUGACCUCGCCCAAACGAGGCUGCGGCGGGGGCGUGGGAGGCGGCAACAACAACGGCUCGGAGCCUAGCGACAUCAUCAUCCCGCUGCGGACUUCUGACUCCGCCUACUGCCCGCACUACGAGAAAGUGAGCGGGGAUUACGGCCAUCCGGUGUACAUCGUACAGGAGAUGCCCCCUCAGAGUCCCGCCAACAUCUACUAUAAAGUAUGAGAACCGGAGACCACCUUAACGACAACAUCUGCUAAGACCACACCCACCUUAAACGACUACCUAAGUCCCGCCCCCACACUCUGCAUCCCCGUAGAUCAGAUCCUUUUACGUUCACGCGCAUUUCUCCGACACACUGACCAUUCGUGGUCGAGCGUGUCUGUAUGUGUGUGCGCUACCAUUCCUCGCAACUCACCCAACUUCGGCCUUUUGUUAGAGAGAGGAUGUCCUGAUGUGAGGGCCUCCCUCUCUCUGACGUCCCACAUGGGAAACGUCCUUAAAGCUAGAGAAGACCUCCUGGAGUGAUUCAGCCAACUGAAAAAACAUAAACUCCUUUUUUGGAGGGCAUUCUGGAGCACAAGCAUCAAAACUUUUUCUGAUGUACUUGCAAAAAGACUAAACGCAUAAAAAAAGACAUCUCAACUCCAAAACCUACAAAGACAACUUGUGAACUUUGACUUCGAAUGCUACAUUUACUCACAAAUAGCGGUCUAGUUUGUGUUAAACUCCUUCGGAAGGGGGAGGGGCCAUUGAUUCAGCCAAUCGUCACACAGGGCUGCAGUCACGUGAUCUAGGACCCAUGUGUUUGAUUGGUGGAGUUGUAGUGGCGUGGAGAAUCUUGUAUAUUUUAAUAACGUGUGUAUUUUGUGAGUGUGUAGGAUAAAUAUUCCGACACUGCUGUCGCGCACGUUGCGACCGGCGCGCUUCAGUACAACUCGCGAGUGUUUUUGCGUGCGGAUGAGUGCGUGUUUGAGUACAGUGUUAGCGUGAGCAUGGGCGCGUGUGUUUGUUAGACUGUUUCAAAACCAAAACACAAAAAUAUGAGCGAACAUCAAAAAAGUUUUUUUAUCGCUUUCAACACAUAGAUUAUAAUUAUAUAUGAAUACUCAGUAAAAUAAUUUUUAGAUUUGUUUUUUUUUUCAUGUAAAGUUACAGUUUGCUAGGCCUAAUUUUUUUUCCUAUUUUUUAUGACAUGCUGACAUUGUUUCUACCCCUUUUUGAGUUGUAAAUUAAUUUAAUGCUUUCGUUCUGUUGCAGAAACCGAGUUUGUUUGGUUGGUUCCCCCUCGUUUUCCUCUUUCCCAGGAGUCUCCUCCGCUCUACACAUAUAUUUUUAUAGCUCCUUGUACUCUGAUGUAGUUUUGAACCUAGACCUCGUUUGUGAAUGUGUUGAGGUAGAACAAUCCGAGAAAGUUUUUUAUUAUUAUUUUUAAAGACGCUUGGAAAAAAAGGGAAAAAAAUCCAGAAAGGAGGGAAGAAUUGGAAGGGGGUGAAAUAAAACGAAAAGAACGCGAACACCGCCUGUUGGGAAAGCAAACGCGCAAGGAAACUUCUAGAAAGACUGUGAAACUAUGGAAGAAUCACACAUUAAAAGAAAAAAAAUAGGGGAGGGGGAGGUGGGGGGAGAGAAGGAACGUCGAAAGAUGAUUGAAGGAGAAGAGAGAGAGAGUGAGAGAGAGAGAGGAAUGGAAAGGUUUUUAAUAAACUCCUCUGAAGCGCUGGAAGAGGCAGAUUUGGGCCCGAUGGUCUUCUGAGGUACAAAGAGACAGAUGAGGGGAAGAAAGAAACUCAUUCUCUCAGAUGGACAACAGGAUAGAUGGACACACAGAAUUACUCUUUUACAGACACACAGUGCGCUUUUUUGUUCACAUGAAGUGAAGUGGAAAUAUUUCUAGACUCGUUUCAAAUUCUUGAGUAUCGGACACGUCUCAAUUUAGUAGACGUGUCCGCGCACACACAUACGGAGAACGAUUCAAUGGCCAUGGCACACAGAAAAGCUCUUGUAGUGAUUUUCAUCACAUGCACAGCUCCAAAACACAAUCAAAAGCCAUUCUGAUUGGGCAUAUAUGCUGGUUACCUCAACAAAUGCCGUGAUUAGCAUUGUUCUCUCACAUUCUCGUUCUCUCCUCUCUCUCUCACACACACUUACACACACAAUCAUGCAGCCUUGUAACUAGCUGUGUGUGUGUAUCUCUGUUAGUGCCAAUGAAAAUCUCUCUUUUAGGCCUGAAAUACAGUCUACGCAAGUAUGUGAACGCAAACGCUUCCAGCUACACGUCGUUGCUUUCUGAAACGUGUCAGAACUCAGUUGCAUUCUCAGCACAUAUUAGCAUAAACUGUCGUGUUUUAUGGUCAGUUUUCUCAACAGCUUGGGAAAGAAUUUACAAAGCUAGUUAGCGUGGUUGGAUUUGGAAUAGGAUGCUACUCUUAAAAUCCCAGCUGAAAAAAAUAAUAGAAACCAUCACAGAAAUUCUAAUGGUUUCCAUCACAAAUACUAGUCCAAACAUUACAAACCAUCAACUUUUAACCAUUAAAACCAUUAAAAAAUGGAAUACAUUCCGUUAGUAUUUAGUGGUUUUAACAAACCACCAAUAGAAGGCGACCAAAUACCAGUAGAAACCCACAGGGUCCAUUACAGUUUUCAUUAAAACCAAUACAUGUGCCAUUAUAAUCAGUAAAACCAUGACAAAUUUUAUGAUGGUGUCUAUUGUUUGUUUCAGCAGGGAUGUCUGUCAUAGUAUGCUAUUUGAAAAUGUUAGCUAAAGCGAUUCAAAGGCUGAAUUCAAAAUAGCAUACUAACAAGCAAGUAUAUUAUUUACGAAUGCAGCAUUUGACUAGCUUUAGCUAAUUAGCAAAGAAAAAAUUAGCUGUAUGGCAGAAAUAGUGACUACAGAGCAAUAUACUAGACAUGCAAGGUCAAAACAAAUUAAGAAUUAAUUUGUGGCCAUGUUUAAUUAAUUUGCUUUGUUGUUUUAGUUAAAUCCACAACUGAACUGAAGUGAGGAAACAAGUUAAACUAGUUAAACUAAAACAAGGGAACUAAUAAAUAAAUAAAUAAUGAAUUUAAACCAUCACAGAAAUUCUAAUGGUUUCCAUUGCAAAUACUAGUCCAAACAUUACAAACCAUCAACCUUUAACCAUUAAAACCAUUAAAAAAUGGAAUACAUUCCAUUAGUAUUUAGUGGUUUUAACAAACCACCAAUAGAAGGUGACCAAAUACCAGUAGAAACCCACAGGGUCCAUUGCAGUUUCCAUUGAAACCAAUACAAGUCCCAUUAUAACUAGUAAAACCAUUACAAAUUCUGUGAUAAAAAAAACAACAACAACCAAUAGAAACCAUUAGAGAAAUUCUGGUCAAUACCAUUAAAAACAUAAACCAUCAACUUUUAACUAAUAAAAUCAAUAAAAAUGGUUCCUGUACUGUGUUUUAGGACAUAUUUCAUAAGGAUGUAGUUGUUUUAACAACUCACCAAUAGAACGCAAAAAAUUGCCAGUAGAGACCAACAGGGUCCAUUACAGUUUCUAUUAAAACCAGUACAAUUCCCAUUAUAACCAUUACAAAUUUUGUGAUGGUUUCUAUAGUUUUUUUUUUUAGCAGGGUACCCUGAUAGCACAUAUACAUCACAGAGACAUCUAUUUGAUGUCUGCAUUUACAUCUGGAAGACGUAUUUUUUUAGAGUGUUUGCUCAUCUGCAAUACGUCUAUAGGACGUUUCCUAUCAGAUGUCAAAUAGAUGUCUAUUAGAUGUCUUUAAGAUGUUUAUGAUUUAAAAUAUAUGUAAUCUUACAGAUGUCUGUCAGAUGUUUGUACACAGCAGAUGCUUUCCAGAUCAAGUGAUCUUUAACAGACAUCUUGUAGACGUACGUGUGCUAUCUAGGUAGGAAAUGAUUGAAUACAAGGUGACCACUAAUUAAUAAGUCUUAAGAAGGACUGUGUGUUUAUUUUAUUUGUAAUAAAAGUAGUAAGCUAGUAUGCUAUUCCAAAAACAUUGACCAAAGUGUUGACCAAGUAUUUGCGUCUGCAUACUUGCAUAGAAUUUGUUUCUGGCCUUAGGAGUGCGAGUUGUGUUCUGUUUCACUGCCAUUGUCACAGUGUGUUUUGUAUGCGUGUAAAGAAUGUUAUCGCUAAAAAAUACACCGCAUACACGCACAUAAUAACAAGCCAUUCAUACCCAAAUAUGUUGGUGGUCUUAUUUUGCAGAUGUGAUUUGUGACUGACGUUGGGACUUGAACAAUCUGUUACUGUUUUCAAUCUGCCUAGAAAGCUUCAAUAUUUGUCUCUCAAAAGCAUUUAGUUUUGUAUCACUCUGGUGCAUCAAGACUGUGAGGAAAAAAAAAGAAACAACAUGACAUUGUUUUCCUGUCACAUCGAUGUUUUCUUCUUACACGCAAAUUUGGAUUUUGUUACUUCAAUAUCAAGUUGCCUAAAAUGUGGAGGUGUUACGUUUGUUCGGCACUGUUGUAUUCGUGGGCUGUUUCAUACAUAUUUAAGCGUUCGAUUUCUGUUCAGAUUCUGUUGCAUUUACUAAAACAAUCAGCGUAAGCCAUGUCUCUGACCCUGUGCACAUGGACUUGGAUACGUGUGUGUGCGUGCAGGCGUGCGUAUGUCCGAAAACACGCGUGGACAUCGUU